CCACAUGAACUUCCAGGAUACCAAAACGGAGUCCCUCGAAAGCUUCCGUCCUUUCCCAGGAAGCGUUUUGCAGAAAGCCCACAAGCUCUGACCAAUCUUGGGAGAGAGAUGAAGAAAGCCACAGCAAUCGCUUCAAUUCUUCUCUUGGUAUCUCUUUCCCAUCAAGAAAUAUCCCACGCUUCUUCAGCUUCACCUCUUACAGGGCGAAACCAGGGUUUUGAAGGAUCUGCAGCUGCAAGAACUCUUAAGCAAGAACAAGAGCAAGAGCAAGCUCAUGAGAUACAUUGUUCUAGAGAAAGGAGUAAGGCAGCUUGGGAAGUAAUCGAGGAGUAUUUGAUGCCGUUUGUGGAACGAGAAGACUAUCAGAUUUCAAGUAAGUGUAGGCUUCAUCCUGGCAAUGAUCUGUUCAGGGAUCAGGAGCAGCACAAGAUUCAUGUGGAUGUAAACGAAUGGCGGUGUGGAUACUGUAAGAAAAGCUUCCGUGCUGAAAAAUUUCUUGAUCAGCAUUUUGACAGCAGACACUACAAUCUACUGAAUGUUAGUCACAGCAAGUGCUUGGCUGAUUUAUGUGGGGCAUUGCAUUGUGACAUCAUGAUGAAUACCAAAUCACCCAAAACCAAGUGCAAUCCUGCUGCUGCUGCAAGAAAUCGUCACUUAUGUGAGAGUCUUGCAGAUAGUUGUUUUCCUGUUAACCAGGGUCCCUCAGAAAGCCGUCUUCAUGAUUUUUUUUUGCGCCAAUUUUGUGAUGCUCACACCUGCUCUGGAAAACAAAAACCUUUUUCUAAGGGAGGCAGGAAGCAAACAAGUGUAUUCUACCUGGCUAUUUCAAUACUGACUUUGAUGUUGCUCCCUAUUUUUUAUCUACUUGUUUAUUUGCACCAAAGUGAAAUGAGGAAGAAAACUCAAGAGCUUAGGCGCAUCCCAAAAGUUGGAGGGAAAACAAAACCCUCGUAGCUGGUUAGGCUGUUGCAAUCAUUAAGUAAGGUGAACAUGGAGUAUAAUCGCAAGAUGUAGCUCCAAGGGGUAGCUCAAUCGGUUGGGACUAUGUCUCAUGAAGUAGAAAUCAUUAAUUCGAAUCUCCCCUUUUUUCUUUCCUUGGGGUUAAUUGCUUAUCAAAAAAUAAUGAUGUAUGUAUGUUUCAACUCUCUCCCAAUAGAUUUCUUUGUAAAUCUGUAUUUUGUCACGAAAGGCAUUGGAAAUGUUUGAAGGAACCUGGAAGCCAACCUUGCUAGAGUUCUAUUUACUGGUGUAAACUCUUUUUUCCCUAUUAAGGAGCCAAUUGUUAAUGGAACAGUAGAGAUAUAUGAAAUUUCUAUUUUUUA